AUGGUACGUAUGCCCGCGCCGGCUCUCAUGCCCAGAGAACGCAGAGGCGACUGCGAUUCUGAUGUUUUAUUCGCUUUUGGCGCCGCAUGUUUCGCUAACGCUGUCCCGGUCUCGCAGUUACCCCUCGGUCUUUUGAACGCUGCCCAAGGGCACCCUAUGCUCGUGGAGCUCAAGAACGGCGAAACGCUCAAUGGCCACCUCGUCAUGUGCGACACUUGGAUGAAUUUGACGUUGAAGGAGGUCGUGCAGACGAGUCCGGAAGGCGACAAGUUUGUGAAGAUACCCGAGGUUUACGUGAAGGGAAACAACAUUAAAUACCUCCGAGUUCCCGACGAUAUUAUCGAUCUGGUCAAGGAGAACCAGCAAAACAACCAGGGAGGUUUCCGCGGAGGCAGGGGCGGACAAUCGAGAGGCGACCACGGCGGCCGCGGCGGAGACAGGGGACGCGGUAGAGGACAGAGAGGCGGCCUUUUCGACGGCUUAUGGCGCUGCCUAUGCCCUUCCGUCGACGCACAUGCCGCAGCAAAAUUACUGAGCUCUCCAGCCAUCGCCCGUCCGUCACCCGCAACGAGACUCCGAUUCCCCUCCACCCUCACCAAUCGACCCCGCGCAGUCCGAACACAAUGUCGACGGUACGGGGCCGGCGCAUACCGCAAAGCUGCCACUCAGAAGGAGCUUGAAGAUGCGAGAAGCCGACUUGUGCCCGUUGAAGACGAGCCGCCGGCGAGACAACGACCGCGGGACCCCUCUAAACCGGACCCAAUAGAAGCCCUGCGAGCUGCCCCGGAGGCUGCUGUGUACGAAGCACUGGAAGUCUUGCGCGGGCAGCCGAAGAGCUUCGACAAGGUGGCUACGAUCAUAGCGCACUUGGUCACUGACCGCGACGCCGAGUUGAGCCCUGCGCUGUACGAGCACUUGGUCGUCGCCAUGGCAGAUGUCCAGGGUUCCGCAGCGAUGCUGGCACAGCUGUUUGCGGAGAUGAGGGAGCUUCGCUUGGCGCCCUCGCCAGCAAUUCAUCACGCAGCGCUAGCGGCUCUCGCAGUCCACCCCGAUUACAUAGUCCGAAACGAGGUCCUAGCCGCCAUGAAACAGUCCUGGACGGAAAUCAACCCGGAAGCAGACGGCCACGUCGCCCUCGGCCUGCUCCGCGACGGGCAGUUCGAGCUCGCCCUCGACAAGCUGGAGAGCAUGAUCGACAAUCACGUCCCCGUGCAGCCGUGGGUCUACGACAUCUUCAUCUUCAUGUUCGCGCAGCGCGGGUUCGUCGAGGAGGCAGUCCGGCUGGCGCACAGCAAGGCGCACACCACCGCCGCCGACGACGCCGCCGAGAGCCCGCUGUCCAUGUGGCACAUGCUCCUCGACGUCUGCAGCCAGGCGUACCACUACGAGGGCACGCGGUACGUCUGGGGCCGGCUGUACGAGGCGGACAGGUACAGCCUGCCCGAGGGCGUGCUGCUGAACAUCAUCAACACCGCGGCGCGGCACCACGACUUCGAGCUGGUCACGAACGCGAAUAAGCUGAUUGCGCAGCGGGGCGGGAAGUUGCAGGCGCAUCACUACGAGCCGCUGAUUGAUUGCUACGGCGGCGUCGGGGACUUGGAGGGGGCGCUGAGGGUGUUGUGCAUCAUGUUCAACGCCAUCUCCGUUGCGCCAUACGCCAGCGCGCGCUCGAUCUAUGAGUGGGUCAAGAAGGAGCCGGAGAGCCUGGAUUUAGCCCUCGAGGCGCUGGCUACGUUGAAGAAGGAGUACAAGAUCCCGAUUGCGGCGCUCAAUGUACUCGUCGAGGCUGCGGUGGAGACGCAAGGGUAUGCCAAGGCGCUGGAGAUUUACAAGAAUGCCCCUAAUUACACGGAGGCUCCCCCGAACCACGUCACGGUCCGGUAUCUUCUGCAGGCCUGCGAGGAUGCGGAGGCGCGGCGGGUGCUGGUAGCCGAGGACCCGGAGCUGGCGCUUAAGGGCGACCGGCAGGUCUUCGCGGACGUCGUCUUCGAGCACGUCAUGGCCGGCGACCUUAACAUGGCGUACAAGUGCGUGGAGAUGCUAGGCGACGCUCCCGACCCGGAGUCGGGCGCCAAGCCCGAGGUGUGGAUCAGCCAGCAGACGUUGCUGGUGCUUGUGAGGAAGUCGCUUGAUGCACAGGAUGAGCGCGUCUGGUGGCUGGUGGAGCAGGCGGAGAAGAGGAACAUGGACGUCCAGUCUGGCAUUGCGAAGCUGAUGGCGUCGUUUGCGGAGCAGGUGAAGAGGACUACGGGGCUGGGCGAGGAGACUGGCGGGUUGGAGGACGAUUCUGAGACGAGGCAUCCUUGGACGUCGUGA